AGAAGAAAUCGGGUGGGGGCAAAUACUUUUUCACAGCACUGUAAACUAAUUAGGAAGCUACCGUUAUUAGCAUUUAUGCUAGGCUCCAGAGAAUGAGGGCUUCAACCGCAGCUGACGGGUGUAGAGCUUGUGCUGCCUACUUGUUAUAAAUUUAAAUACUGGCUGCAUUUAAAAUUGGUCAGUAUGGUCCUCUGUAAUUGAGUUAUAUUGGGAAAAUAUGCACUCUUGUGACCUACUUAUCCCCACACAACCUACAGUUUGAAACCUACUGUAAAAACAACCCGUGUACAGUGUAACCACAGACACUGCACUGAAAAAGUUAUUAUUUUUAUAGGUUAUUUUAUUAUAUUAAUUAAUUUAUUUUCACCAAUUGAUUUUUCUUCCCAGACAGUUUUCAUUGUGGGUCUGUUUUACUGCAUUUUGUCACGAUAUUCCCGUCUGAAUAUUGUGAAAAUGUUUCAUAGUGUUAAAAUUCUGCCAUAUCACCCACCUUUACUCUGGUGCCAAUCCUGACAUACAACGUUUACGCUGUGUGGCUGCCCUGCAGCGCUGAUGAUGUGAUUAUAUACCAUGUGGGUGUCCAUACUAGACAACACAGAGGGCCCUUAUACUUAAAGGAGAGAAUCGUAUACAUGCAAACACAUGCAAAUCUAUAGGGAAACGUCCACCGUGCAGUAUUGAAAAAGAGACAGAAGCUGGAUAGAAGAGGCUGCUGGCUGUGGAGGGGUCUGUUUUCACCUGUGUUAGAGUUUCUCAUGACCCAGCAGCUUUAGAAGGCGCGCUUAGUGGGGUGGAGACUGCAUGAAGCAAGGACCUUGAGGUCACCAAGGGACAGUGGUCAUUCCAGGAAAGAGUUUGAUUAAAACGUCAAAGAUUUUCAUGUGUGGAGGGACCAGUGCUCCUCAAUCCUGGCAGGACUGAAGGUUUCCAGCUUUGUCUGGCUUCACUGGUGUGAACCUCACUGGAGAGGACCCAGGUAUCAAGCAGUGCAAGAUAUCGAGGAGUCCGUGAGCGACGUGAGAAUGACGUUUAGGCCCUGAUCCGCAGCAGUAUGUCAGAGCGAGCAGACAAAUGCGCCCCCCGCUGGAAACACGAGGCCAUGCAGAAUGGGUACAUACCAAGUUACCUAGACAAGGACGAGCUUUGUGUAGUGUGUGGGGACAAAGCGACGGGAUACCAUUACCGCUGCAUCACCUGUGAGGGCUGCAAGGGUUUCUUCCGGCGCACGAUCCAGAAGAACCUGAACCCGACGUACGCGUGUAAGUACGAGGGGAAAUGCAUCAUCGACAAAGUCACUCGGAACCAGUGUCAGGAAUGCCGCUUCAAGAAGUGCAUUGCCGUUGGCAUGGCGACCGACUUGGUGCUGGAUGACAGUAAGCGGCUGGCUAAGCGGAAGCUGAUAGAGGAGAACCGCGAGAGGCGGCGGCGUGAGGAGCUGCAGAAGACGGUGUGGGAGCGGCCCGAGCCCUCGCAGGAGGAGUGGGAGCUGAUCCGCAUCGUCACCGAGGCCCACAUGGCCACCAACGCCCAGGGCAACCACUGGAAACAAAAGCGCAAAUUCCUGAGUGCAGUGGGGGUGAAGGAAACCAAGCCUGAAGACAUCGGUCAGGGGCCGAUCGUCAACGCGCCGGAGGGGAGUAAGGUGGACAUAGAAGCCUUCAGUCAGUUUACAAAAAUUAUCACCCCCGCCAUCACCCGAGUGGUGGACUUCGCCAAAAAGCUGCCUAUGUUCUGUGAGCUGCCUUGUGAAGAUCAGAUCAUCCUGCUGAAGGGCUGCUGCAUGGAGAUCAUGUCUCUGCGCGCGGCCGUGCGCUACGACCCGGAGAGCGAGACGCUCACGUUGAACGGAGAGAUGGCGGUCACGCGCGGGCAGCUCAAGAACGGUGGUCUGGGCGUGGUCUCAGAUGCCAUCUUCGACCUGGGCGUGUCCCUCUCCUCCUUUAACCUGGAUGACUCAGAGGUGGCGCUUCUGCAAGCGGUCAUUCUGCUCUCCUCAGAUCGUCCGGGCCUGACGAGCGUGGAGAGGAUCGAGCGCUGCCAGGAGGAGUUUCUGCUGGCCUUUGAACAUUACAUCAACUACCGCAAGCACAAGGUGGCGCACUUCUGGCCCAAGCUGCUGAUGAAGGUGACGGACCUGCGCAUGAUCGGGGCCUGCCACGCCAGCCGCUUCCUGCACAUGAAGGUGGAAUGCCCCACUGAGCUCUUUCCCCCUCUCUUCCUGGAGGUGUUCGAGGACUGACGGAGCGCCGGGCCUCAGCCGACCGAUCGGGUCGGGCCCCGCCCACUGACACGCCCCUCCCCCAACACACACCAAUGGCGCUUAACCACACCCCCUUUUGCCCUCUGCGGACACGUUAAACAAACUCUGUCCUGUCACUACUGAGUGUCAAUUCAUUCCAUAGAUAUAGAAGUAGUUCUCGGGCCUAGUUUCUGGACGGACCAUUCCUUUUACGAUGCGGGUACAUGUGAAUAGCGUUACUUUUUUUAGUUUAUUUUUUUUUUCUGUUUUGUUCCGUUUUCCUGAGUUUUCUUUUUCUCUGUCUCUCUCUCCUUUUUUUCUCUCUCCUUCUCUCUCUUUUUUUGUAAAUGUUUCUCAUUUUCAGUUACUCUAGGCGUAUUUUUGUUGUUGUACAGUUAUUUUAUGAGUGAUUAUAUCUCCCAGUCACUGUCGCUCACCCCGUUGUAUGAUCUAUGCAUUUGUAUCAUGCAACAUUCCUCAUCACGUAGAAGCUUUUGGAAAAAGAAAAAAAGAGAGUUAAAACAAAAAAAAACAAAAAAAAACA